GUGCGGCUCCUCCAAUGAUCCUGUGAGAGCUGAGGCAUCACCGCUGCCGGGGUCCUGUCCUGGCGCGGCCCCCAGCAUGGCAUCCGACACCCCCGAGUCCCUGAUGAGCCUCUGCACUGACUUCUGCCUGCGCAACCUGGAUGGCACCCUGGGCUACCUGCUGGACAAGGAGACCCUUCGUCUACACCCAGACAUCUUCCUGCCGAGCGAGAUCUGCGACCGGCUGGUCAAUGAGUAUGUGGAGCUGGUCAAUGCUGCCUGCACCUUCGAGCCUCACGAGAGCUUCUUCAGCCUCUUCUCGGACCCCCGCAGCACGCGCCUCACCCGGAUCCACUUGCGUGAGGACCUGGUGCAGGACCAGGACCUGGAGGCCAUCCGCAAGCAGGACCUGGUGGAGCUGUACCUGACCAACUGCGAGAAGCUGUCCGCCAAGAGCCUGCAGACGCUGCGAAGCUUCAGCCACACCCUGGUGUCCCUGAGCCUCUUUGGCUGCGCCAACAUCUUCUACGAGGAGGAGAACCCCGGGGGCUGUGAGGACGAGUGCCUGGUGAACCCCACCUGCCAGGUGCUGGUGAAAGACUUCACCUUCGAGGGCUUCAGCCGCCUGCGCUUCCUCAACCUGGGCCGCAUGAUCGACGGGGUCCCCGUGGAGUCACUGCUGCGGCCACUCAGCUCACUGGCCGCCCUGGACCUCUCAGGGAUCCAGACGAGCGACGCCGCCUUCCUGAGCCAGUGGAAGGACAGCCUGGUGUCCCUCGUGCUCUACAACAUGGACCUGUCGGAUGACCACAUCCGAGUCAUUGUCCAGCUGCACAAGCUGCGGCAUCUGGACAUCUCCCGAGACCGCCUCUCCAGCUACUACAAGUUCAAGCUCACACGGAAGGUGCUGAGCCUCUUUGUGCAGAAGCUGGGGAACCUCAUGUCCCUGGACAUCUCCGGCCACAUGAUCCUGGAGAACUGCAGCAUCUCCAAGAUGGACGAGGAGGCCGGCCAGACCAGCAUCGAGCCUGCCAAGAGCAGCAUCAUGCCCUUCCGCGCUCUGAAGCGGCCCCUGCAGUUCCUCGGGCUCUUUGAGACCUCCCUGUGCCGCCUCACGCACAUUCCGGCCUACAAAGUGAGUGGUGACAAAAACGAGGAGCAGGUGCUGAACGCCAUUGAGGCCUACACGGAGCACCGGCCCGAGAUCACGUCGAGGGCCAUCAACCUGCUCUUCGACAUCGCACGCAUCGAGCGCUGCAACCAGCUCCUGCGGGCCCUGAAGCUGGUCAUCACGGCCCUCAAGUGCCACAAGUACGACAAGAACAUCCAAGUGACAGGCAGCGCCGCCCUCUUCUACCUAACCAACUCUGAGUACCGCUCCGAGCAGAGUGUGAAGCUGCGCCGGCAGGUCAUCCAGGUGGUGCUGAAUGGCAUGGAGUCCUACCAGGAGGUGACGGUGCAGCGGAACUGCUGCCUGACCCUGUGCAACUUCAGCAUCCCUGAGGAGCUGGAGUUCCAGUACCGCCGCGUCAACGAGCUGCUGCUCAGCAUCCUCAACCCCACUCGGCAGGACGAGUCAAUCCAGCGCAUUGCUGUACACCUGUGCAACGCCCUGGUCUGCCAGGUGGACAAUGACCACAAGGAGGCCGUGGGCAAGAUGGGCUUCGUCGUGACCAUGCUGAAGCUGAUUCAGAAGAAGCUACUGGACAAGAUCUGUGACCAGGUCAUGGAGUUCUCCUGGAGCGCCCUGUGGAACAUCACAGAUGAGACACCCGACAACUGUGAGAUGUUCCUCAACUUCAAUGGCAUGAAGCUCUUCCUGGACUGCCUGAAGGAAUUCCCGGAGAAGCAAGAGCUGCACCGGAACAUGCUGGGACUCUUGGGGAAUGUGGCGGAGGUGAAGGAGCUGCGGCCUCAGCUGAUGACUUCCCAGUUCAUCAGCGUCUUCAGCAACCUGCUGGAGAGCAAGGCGGAUGGCAUUGAGGUGUCCUACAACGCCUGUGGAGUCCUGUCCCACAUCAUGUUUGACGGACCCGAAGCCUGGGGUGUGUGUGAGCCCCAGCGGGAGGAGGUGGAGGAACGCAUGUGGGCAGCCAUCCAGAGCUGGGACAUCAACUCCCGCAGGAACAUCAACUACAGGUCCUUCGAGCCGAUCCUCCGCCUGUUGCCUCAGGGCAUCUCCCCUGUCAGCCAGCACUGGGCAACCUGGGCCCUGUACAACCUUGUGUCCGUCUACCCCGACAAGUACUGCCCCCUGCUGAUCAAGGAGGGUGGGAUGCCCCUCCUCAGGGACGUGAUCAAGAUGGCGACUGCACGGCAGGAGACCAAGGAGAUGGCCCGCAAGGUGAUCGAGCACUGCAGCAACUUUAAAGAGGAGAACAUGGACACGUCCAGAUAGAGGUCCCUCCAUGCUGCCCCGCGGGACUGCGCCCAGGAGGGAGCGCUCAGGCCCGGCCACAGGCCCUCUGGAGCCCCCGCGGAUGAGGAGACAGAGGGGACUUUUGCACAACUGAUGCUUUUCCUUAACGUUAGUGAGAUAUAUAUAUUAUAUAUAUAUAUUAUUUUUUUUGGUUAGGAAGUGUGGAGUUUUGUGUGUAUGAUUUCUGUACAAAAACAAAGGAAAUUCCCUGAGCCCCUGCAGCUCCUUGGCCAUCCUCAGCCCAGCUCCAAACCUCACUGCUGCCCCUGCCCGUGCUGCCUCGAUGCCUCUGACAUGCGUGUCCGUCUUCUCCCCGUGAACUCAGACCCCGGCCUGACUCCACCACCCUAAGCUACCUGCAUCUGAGAUCCCAUCCCAGCUCCCAGGCGCGGCUGAGGGGGUUUGGGGACUAAAGUAACCCCACGGGUCUCCCUGAAGCCUUGGUGCUCCUGGCUGUGGGCCAUCGGGCCAGGACGUGAGCCGAUCCCAGGGACCCUAAGGAGCGGGGCUCCGGCCGGGCCACGCUGCUAUGGAGGCUUCCUCUGAGCCUCCCACCGGCCCCAGGCCGCUGAUGGCCCCAGUGCAGGAGGCCAGGCCCCAGGGGUGGUGCCACUGCUCUCCACCAAACCUGCCCAGAACCUGCCUAGCUCCGAAGUGAGCGCCUCCUGGAGCCUGGGGCUCAGGCUCAUUAGCUCCGUGCCCGCCCUGUUCACGAGCCUCACAGUGCCAUGCACCCCACCAGCACAGCUGAGCCUGUCUUGCCCUGCCAUCGAGAUGACCCAUCCUUCCUGUCCCCUGGACACGUGGCAGCAGGCAGUGGCCUUCAGCCCAGCCCAGCUUGGCCCCUGCCCUGCCUGCCAUCCAGGCUGUUCCUGCCGACCUAAGAGGCAACUAACUGUGUCCCCAGGCCUUGAGUAUCUCCUGGAGCUCAGAGUUGCUUCUCAUGCAUACGCGGGUGGCUAAGAGGCCAGGGCCAGAGCUGCCCUUGGAGGUGUCGCUGAUGGCUCUGGCCUCCCUGCGCCUCGAGGGCUGCUGGAUACACCAGUGCCUCUGCCUCCAGGCGCUACUGGCCGGGCUGGCAACCGCCCUCUCCUGCAGCCUCUCCUGGGCAAGGUGAGGCCUGCUCUGUGCUCCCCAGAGCGUCAGCAGGGCCCCACCCCCACCCCACACCACCCUCCAUCCGGAGCCCUACUGGCCCCACCACCCAGGCAGAGCUCACAUCGCAUUGCUUUACCCCCCGGGGUCUGGGGACGCACGUGUCUGUGCGUGGGGAUGUCACAGAAAUACAUUUUGUCAAAGUGCA